GCAACGUGCGGCUGCGCACAUUUAAUGCGCGCUACUAAGCAUGCGCGAGUCCUGUAACUUCCAGCACUGUUACCGUUACUGCGUUCUUCUGAAUCCAACCACCGUGAGUGCUAUAAGGUUAUCACAGAGGACGAUUCGGAAAGAUUUUGAAGAGAAGAGAUUUUUGAGGCGAGUAUCCGAGUUCUUCUGGUGUGCAGAGGAUUUCUUAUUGAAGAUUUCUGGACGAUUUUUGAGGAGAGUAUGAAAGUAGUUAAAUAUUCUGUUUCGCGUAAAUGUUUUCACCGGUUAUCUGCUAGGCAACGAAGACGAAUUGCUUUAGAAAUUAAAGAUACUUUGCAUUUCAAUGUUGCACAAGAUUCUGUUACGCCUGAACAGCCGGAUAAUGCUGCUUCUUCUAUUCACGGUGAUGAUUCCUCUCAAACAGACAAAGUUUCUUUUACAGACGAUGUUGCUAACUAUAUCUCUAAUGUUACGUAUACCGAUAAUCUCGAUAAUGAUAUAUUGUCUAUUAGUAAUGAUAAUGACAGUGAAUAUUCCACUUCCUCAUUUCUCAGUACUUCCAAUGACGAAACAUUUCAAGAUCGUUUGGCUGCGUGUUUUGUUAAUAAUAAUAUUACACAUGUGCAAUGCAAUAAUAUUUUAUCUGUUCUUCGAACACACACAUGCUUCUCUUCGUUACCAAAAGAUGUUAGAACUCUUCUAAAAACUCCACGUACACCUGUUGUCGUAUCCAAAGUAGAUCCAGGAAAAUAUAUUCAUUUCUCUCUUGAAGCAGAAAUUAUUAAAACUUUAUCAUGUCUUCCUUCGGUAUCUGUACCACGUAAAUUAGAAAUCGACUUUAAUACAGAUGGAUGUAGUUUAGAUAGAGUAGGAAGUAAUCAUAUCUGGCCAAUCCAAUGUAGACUUGCAAAUAUUAAAUAUACAAGGCCAAUAAUAAUUGGAAUAUAUAGUGGUGCUGAGAAACCACAUAAUCCUAAUUUAUUUUUUGAAAAAUUUGUUGCUGAUGUUAACAAUGUAAUAAGCAACGGUGGUAUAGAUUUUGCUGGUAAUAAGAUACCAAUACGUUUAAGAUGUUUUAUAGCCGAUGCACCAGCUCGUGCUUUUGUCCUUAAUCAUAAAGGUCAUACAUCUGGAAAUCCUUGUUCGAAGUGCAAAGUUUCUGGUUUACGAUAUGAAGACAGAUAUACAUUUGGUGGUGUUAAUCAUCCUCUUCGAACAAAUGAAGAAUAUCUAAGGUGUAUAGAUGAAGAUCAUCACAAAGAUGGCAAAAGCCCAUUGUCAAUGUUACCCAUAGGUAUGGUUUCACAAGUUCCCUUCGAAUAUAUGCAUUUAGUAUGCUUGGGCGUUAUGAAGAAACUUUUAUCCGCAUGGAUAUGUGGUAAAUAUACACGUUUUUCAAAAUUACCAGCAAGAUCCAUCGCUAUAAUAUCUCAAAGAUUAGAUAAUCUUAAAACAUAUUGUCCAUCAGAUUUUGCAAGACGUCCUAGAGCAAUUAAUGAGUUUUCUAAAUACAAGGCAACAGAGUUUCGUCAAUUUCUAUUAUAUACAGGUCCAGUAGUAACAUACGGUCUUCUGAAUCACCAAGUAUAUACUCAUUUUUUGUUUUUGCAUACUGCCAUAAGAAUAUUGAUUUCUAAUUCACCAUCAAAAGUAUAUUUAAACUUUGCUGAACUUGCUCUACAAAAAUUUGUCGCUCGAUGUGAAAAUCUUUAUGGUUUAUCAUUUAUUUCAUAUAAUGUGCACGGUCUUCUUCAUCUCACAAAUGACGUGAGACAAUUAGGUCCUCUUGAUUCGUUUUCUGCUUUUCCUUAUGAAAAUAAUAUGCCAGUUUUCAGAAAAUACUGUAGAAAACCUAAUUUUCCUCUUCAACAGUUUUACAAUAGAAUGUCAGAAAUGGAAACUUGUGGAACAAAUUUGCAUCGUGGUGAAACUUAUUUUUCUAAACUCACUAAUUCUUCUACGCAAGUAUUUUCAGCGCAUAAUAAAGGUCCUCUUCCACCUAAUAUUAAUCCAAACAGCUAUCAGUAUCGGAAAUUAAUAUUCAACAAAAUUUUGCUGAGUUUGGAUAUACGAGAUAAUUGUUGUAUUUUACACGACGGAUCAAUUUGCCUCAUUAUUAAUAUCUUAGUGGACAAUGCCACAUAUUAUCUGGUUGUAAAAAAAUUUCAAAAAGUAGAUUCAUUCUAUGAUGUUGGUAUUUUGUCCUCAACAAUUCAAAUAUUUAAAUGUUCCGCAAUAAGCAAUGAAAUUUUUUGUAUUGAAGUGAAUCAGGUACGUUUUAAAUGUUAUAAAAUGCCUUAUUGGAGUGAUUCAUCGAUAGGUGAUAGUAGUGACAUAGAAAGGAAAACAGAAUCUCCAGAAUGACUAAUAAAAUACAGGUUAGUAUAAUGGUGUCAUAUAUUUCUUUUACUCAGUUUAAUUAGAACGGUAAUAAUAAUUGAUUCUUCAAAUAU